AAUUUCGAAAUUGCAGAGAAAAUUGGUUAUUGAACGUUUUAUUUAUUAACAAUUUAUAUGAUACGGAGAAUAUUUGCAUGCCGCAUACAUGGUAUUUAUCCGCCGAUACUCAACUCUUCGUCUUGGGACUGUUCGUAAUGAUGGUGGUCAUUAAUAAUCCGCGGAAAGCGAAUACAACAUUUGUAUCCCUGUUUGUUGCCGGGAUUUUGGUAACCUUCGCUCAACACUAUUACAAUGCGUACGACAUAGUCUUUCGAAGCUAUCCAGAAUUGAUGUACAACCUGUUUUUGAAUUUACCAUUUUGGCAUUCCUUUUACAUAGCCACUCACCAUCAAAUACCCUGUUACGUUAUGGGAUUAGCGGCGGGCUUUUACAUUCACAAAUGGAGGAAAGAGAAGGUUAAAAUUACUUUGAAUAAGUUUUGGUACACGAUUUGGUUCAUUUACUCAUGGGUCGCACCUAUUGGAACGAUACUCAGCGCGGCGCCAUUCUACGAAGACGGUUUCUCUACUACCAGGUUGAAUGCAGCUCUGUACAAUGCUUUUUCCAGAUUCAGUUUCGGUCUGCCCAUUCUUAUAGUUAUAAUCGUCUUCAUCUUCGGACAAGGCCGUCCAUUGUUAGAUUUCAUUAAUUGGAGACCUUUCCAUGUCUUAGGCAGACUUACCUUCGCUGUGUACUUGAUACAUCUGCAUAUUCUGAGGAUGAAUAUUGGUGUAACGAGAACUUUGCAUCACGUCAGUGACAGAUCAUUGAUUCGAUGGGUGUUUGGUGAUAUCACAAUAUCUUUUUUGAUGGCCACAAUCGUCUGUUUAUUUAUAGAAUUACCAGCGUCAGCGAUUCAGAAAGUGCUCUUAUCAACCGAGAAGAAAACCGAAAGCAAAGCUAAAAACCAAUAA